AUGGACAAAACUGGAGAAAUAGACCUGGCAAACAGGGAUCCAAACGGACUGAACAGUCACUUAGGGACUCUUCUUUUCGAUGACGUCAUCGGAGAACCCGAUGGUACCCACAGUAUUGAUUGUUGCUUCAAACUUACCAACACCUGCUUCGAGCUCUGGAAAGGACUCUGUUACAAAUUGCUGACCUGUUGCUGCAGUUGCUGUAUUGCUAUAGAGUGGGGUUGCGAGUUUGCGUACAUUGCCUUUUUCCAUAUUUGGAUGCUUACUCCGUGCAUCAAGGUUGUGGAAAUUAACUGCGGAGUUUGUCAGCGAAUGUAUACGAUGUGUAUCAACUGCUGUUGUACACCAUGUUAUGAGUCUAUUGGCGGGAUAUUCCAUCAUUUUAAGAGAACUUAA